GACUUCAACCCGUCUCAGUCGUGAUUUUCCGUCCAGACGAGUCUCCCUCCUUAGCACCGGACGGUUAGCACUCAUCGGUACCAUGUUCCGAGCCGUGUUCAGACUAUCAUCCACGGGGGCCCGGAGUCUGGCUCAGUCACGACCCAGCUACCCAGCUCCCUUGGCAGCUAGGUGUUAUUCCCAUGGCAAAGUGGAGACAGAUGAGGAGUUUGACGCACGUUGGGUGACGUACUUCAGCAAGCCUGACAUAGAUGCCUGGGAACUGAGGAAAGGCAUGAACACCCUGAUUGGAUACGACCUGGUACCUGAGCCCAAGAUCCUGGAUUCAGCACUUAGGGCCUGCCGAAGGCUUAAUGACCUCGCCAGCGCCAUCCGCAUCCUUGAGGCUGUUAAAGACAAAGCAGGCCCCCACAAAGACAUCUACCCUUACCUGAUGCAAGAGCUGAAGCCCACCCUGUCGGAGCUGGGAAUCUCGACACCAGAGGAGCUGGGCAUUGAUAAGCUAUAAGCUUUCAGGUCAAUUGGCACAUAAAGAGAUGAGGUCUUCUGAUUCUCUCCUGUCAUAUAUGUCUAUAUUGUUGAUUUAAAUCAUGCUGUCCUGUUGUGUACAAAGUGGUGGACCUAAUAAAGAAAACCAAUAGUUAAAAAA